AUGGUGGGCCCACCACGCCUUCCUUCCGCUGCGGCGCGCGCCUUGGUGACGUUUCUCUUGUUUCUGGGUCUUGUUCACCUAGCGUAUGGGUGGUCUAGCUCUGAUGCGUACACGAUUGUCCUGUUAAACGACUUUGACACGGACCUCGUGCUACAGGAUCAGUUCUACAACGCUCCCAACGGCACGCUCUUGACCAUUGCGCGCAGUGGGUAUCGCCUCAUGGAAAGAGGUAUCGCGCCAUCGACCUCUGCGUCCACUUUGACAGCGACCAAAGGGGCGUCAGCGUCGGCGGGAGAGGCAGCACCCACGCCCGUCUAUGCCCUGGACGAGCGCCUCUCCACCGCGAUGGCGUAUCAAGGCAUGAAAGCCGUGAAUUCCCCUCUCCCAUUUCGCUGUCGACUCUCCGGAGAGUGGGUGGUGUGGAGCAAGGAGCGGCCGCGCGGAAGUGGGGUGGAUGAGCAGCCUCGAGGAAAGGACGCUGAGCCGGAACCGGCUCUGUUGCACUGCCGACUUCCGCUUCCACAGAACCAGAUGGAGCAAGCGUUGCAGCAGCGCCGCUACAUUGCGCAUAAUCGCGCUGCCAUGUCUGCUGCACUCGAAGCGUGGUGGCACACUGCUGCCAGCGAGCAGGCCUCCCGCUGCCUGUACGGAGACGGCGAGAAGGCAUUGACGGGAACGGAGCGAUACUACGAGCUGUGCCCCGCCGGCGUUGUGUACCGAGUUCAGCACCAGCGCCUUAAGCGCCUGCUACAGAUCCCCUCUCAGCACCGCGGCACCGGGGACGACUUCAUGCGAAUGGAGGACACACCAAGUGUUCUCCACUUCUUGCACAAGAUGCACUACAGCCCGUCGAACCGGGAUGCCAUCUUGCAGAACUCGCAGUACAACGGCGUCUUUGAGCCGAUAGGUCGGUACCACUCCCGUCUUUCGAAGCCGCGAUGGAACAUGGAGUACCUGGUGUGGGAGAGUUGGUAUCCAUCAACGAAUCCGUGUGCCACACACUACACGUUACUCUCCGAUUUUUCGGGGGCAGGGGUCAGUAACGAAAACACUACUGCGCGAACUCGAGGAGCACCACGUGCGGUGCGGCCGCAAGACGCCUACUGGAAAACAGUGGUGCGCUUCAGGUGCCCGUCGCACCGCUCCGAAGAGCGGACGCACAAGACGUCCCUGUGGACGGUGACUGAGGCUCGCCAACUCUGUGAAUACCACGUGGAGGUGAUGAGCGACCUGGUCUGCGGCUGGGAGCAGGAGCUGGACAGUUUCCAUGUGAACCCUGUGCCGUGUGUAGUGGUGGAUUGA